AUCCUUAGAAAGACUUUUCCCCACUUUAAGACUUAAAAGUAAGUCUUCCAUGGUUUUUAAUAUUAGUGUUUUAUUUUUUAUGUCUAAACAUUAACUACAUCUGAAUUUUAUUUUGCUGUGAGUUAGGGAUCCAGUUUUUCCAGGUGGCUACCCUUUCCUCCCAAUACCAUACUCUGAAUUUAAAUGUAGAGAUUUUGACAGUUGUUUGCAAUAUUCCUUUUCAGUACAGUCAUGUGUUGCUUAACAAUGGGAUUUGUUCUGAGAAAUACAUUGUUAACGUGUUUUACUGUUGUGUGAAUAUCGUAGAAUAUACUUUCACAAACUUAGAUGGUAUAACCUACUACACACCUAGUCUUGUGGGACCUACUAUUGUAUAUGUGGUCUGUUGUUGACCAAAUUUUAUUGUUGUGUGAACAUCAUAGAGUAUACUUGCACACACCUAAUCUUGUGGAACCCCUAUUGUAUAUGUGGUCUGUUGACCAAAAUGUCAUUAUGCAGCACAUGGCUGUGUUGACUUCUCAUAUACCAUAGAAUUUAGAUUAAAUGCUGACCACAUGAAAUGCAUGUUCUUCCAUUUGGGAAACAGUUACUGAGCACAUGUUAUGUGGCCAGGUACUCAGGGUAAACUGUUGUACAGAGAAGUCUGUAACUCUGACCUUUAGUUGCUUACAGUUUGGCAGAUUUAUCACAAUGUAUGUAUGUGUGUGUUUUGACAUCCUGCUUCUUUAUUUGUAUUUUCUCCCUAACCUUCUAUUAUUAUGAGAAUUUUCAAAUAAGUGGGACAAUUGAAAGAACAGUACAAUUAAUAUCUAUAACAUUGUGCAUGCUCUUUCAUCUCCCCCUGCUUCUCUCUUUGUGAUAUACUAUGUGAAAGUAAGUUGUAGAGGUUCCUAAGAUUUUUAGCAUCUGUUGUUUGAGUUGAUUAUUAUUUAGUUAAGUAAAAAUGGUGAUUUUCUAAUAUUAUUGUUUUCCUCUAUUUGGUUUUUUUAGUUCUGUGAGUAGGGGGAGUCAUCGCUUUUUCAUUUCAUCCCUAGAUCCUAGCACAGUGCUUAACCACAGAGUGGUUUCCCAAUAAAUAUGUGCUGAAUGAAUGAGUGCUUCAGGUAGUGGGGAGUUACUGAAGGACUUCAAGGGGGGGUAUAAUAUGGUAUAAUAUGAGAUGAUUUAUGGUUUAGAAAGGUAAUUCUGAUGUCUUUAUGGAAGAGGGCAACUUGAAGAAAGCUUUCAUUUGGGCCCUGUAUCAGUUAGGAUUUGAUUACAAGUAAUCCAAAACAAAGUCACUUAAACAAAAAAGAAUUUAUCCUGGAUCAUGGAAUCCAGGGAAUGAUUUGAAGAACUAACCACCUGAAGGCUUCAGGAACAAAUGAAAACAAGACUGUUGGUGCCACUGAUAUUUUCACUAAUGAUUUUCACUCUGUGUUUUUAUGAGUUCCAGUUUGUCUGCUCAUGGACCAGUUAAAUGUGGUUUGGGAGUAGGGUCUGUAAGAAUAUAGUUGCUUCCUAGAUGUCUGCAUGGAUUGAGUUAGUACACUAUCAACAGUAAGAGAUGUGGAGUGUUGGAAUGCUGCCAAGUAGAGGAAAUAGAUUUGAAAGAUUUUAAGUAGUACAGUUGACAGAAUUUGUCCAGGGAAAGAAUUAGAGUGGUUCUCUUUUCUGUCUUGAGCAAACUGCUGGCUUGGUGAUGCUGUUAAAGAACUGAUGGAGAUACAAGAAGAGAAUGCUUGGAAUGGGAACAUGAUGAGUUUAGUUUUAGAGGUACUAAGUUGGUGGCCCUCUGGGGAGAGGGCGUAUAAGAGCUAGUUGAAUAUAAAUAAACAUCUGAAUCUUGGAAGAAAGACGUAAGCUAAAGUAUUUAGGAAGUCACCAGCAAAAGGCAAGGCCAUGGUGGUGAAUAAAAUAGUCUGAGUGUAUAAAAUGAGAAGAGAACUGGAAUAUUGAGCACAUAAACAGAGGAAGAGGAGUAUGAAAUAAAUUAAUAGACCGAUUAGAAAGACAGGAAGAAAUAGAGUGACAGAGAAACCCAAGGAAUUUUAUCCAAGAGGGAUGUGCCACAUGAGGAUUGAAAAAAUCCAUUAGAUUUGACCAUUAGGAGAUCAUUGAUGAUCUUAAUGAGAGCAGUUUCAAUGCAAAAUUGGGAACGAGACUGCAUUAAGUUCAAAGGAUUAACGAUUGGGAGAUGAAGUAGAAACAUACCAAUGUACACUCUUUUUUAGAAGUUUCACUGUUAAGGAAAGGUGAUUGAGGGCAGGAGAAAAAAAUACAGGGCUGGGAGCCUUUUUCUUUUAUUUUGGAAUGGGAGAGACUUGAGCAUAUAGUUUCAAACAGUAAACAGUUUUUUAUUUAUUCCAGCUUGGAUAAAUUUUCUUUUUAUGUUUAAAUAUUUACCGUUGUAAACAUCAACUGCUAUUAAGUGUUUAUUAGAGUUAGUGCUGAGAAAUUGGGAUUCAGACCAGAGACCUGGGUUCUAAUCUCAGCUCCCCAGAAUAAUCACUACAAUAAUUAUAAUUAGCACUUUUAUAUUCCCUUCUAUGUAACAGUCACUGUGUUAGUGGGCCCUUUAUAUGUACUAUCAUUAAUCCUCACCACAAGUUAAUCUCUAAGGUGAGUAUUAUACUGUUUUGUAGAUAAAGAAACCUGAAGGUUUACUUCUCAGGAUCACAUAGAUUUUCAGCGAUCCAGCUAUGAUUCCAGCACAGAUAUGUCUGAUUCUGAAGUGGUGGUAUCAUGGAUACAGAAAUGUCUGAAGAUAUAGACCACAACUUAACUCCUACCCUUGACAGCAUGUCUUAUGGAAUGCCGAAUCAAACAGGAUCUGAAAAUUCAUUGCUGGAUGAAGAUGAUUAUUUUUUGAACUCUGGGGAUCUUGCAGGAAUUCCAGUCGUUGGUAGUGACAAUGAGGAUGAACAGGAUUUUAGUUCAAAGGACAAUCUGGUUUCUUCAAUUCAUACUGAUGAUAGCUUGGAAGUAGAGAGAAGAGUCACACAGCAUGAAUCAGACAAUGAAAAUGAAAUACAGAUUCAAAAUAAAUUAAAAAAAGACUUUCCUAAACAGUUUGAUCAGGUCUCUGUCUUUAAAUCAAUACGGAAAGAUUUUAGUCUAGUAAGAGAAAACAGCAAAGACACACUUUCUGGAAAGGAGAAAAAUAGAGACCUAACUUAUCAUGAACGUGAAAAACGGUUGGAUAAACCCCAUAAAGAGUUGGAUUCAAGGUUGAAAAGCAGUUUUUUUGAUAAAGCAGCUAAUCAAGUUGAAGAAACAUUACAUACCCAUUUACCACAAACCCCAGAAACAAACUUUAGGGAUUCCAGCUAUCCAUUUGCCAAUAAAGAAUCCAUUGGUUCGGAACUGGGGAAUUCCUUUGCAUCAAAUAUUAGAAUUAAAGAAGAACCUUUGGAUGAUGAGUAUGACAAAGCAAUGGCACCACAGCAGGGACUACUAGACAAAAUUAAAGAUGAACCUGACAAUGCUCAAAAAUUAGAAGAGAUAUUGGAAAAGGGGAGACAAAAUUAUCAUCAUUUGCUGGAGUAUAGUCAUGGCCAACAGCAAAAAACUCAAGAGGGGGAACUGAAAAUUAGUGCUGUGUUUUCAGUCAGUGGCAGUCCUCUUGCUCCACAGUUGACUACUGGCUUUCAGCCUUCACUGGCAUCAUCUGGCAUGAAUAAAAUGCUUCCUUCAGUUCCAGCCACAGCUGUUCGAGUUUCCUGUUCUGGUUGUAAAAAAAUCCUCCAGAAGGGGCAAACUGCUUAUCAGAGGAAAGGGUCCACUCAGCUCUUCUGCUCCACACUGUGCCUCACUGGAUACACGGUUCCACCUGCCCGCCCACCGCCUCCUCCCACCAAGAAAACUUGUUCAAGUUGCUCAAAAGACAUUUUAAAUCCAAAGGAUGUGAUCAGUGCCCAGUUUGAAAAUACCACCACAAGUAAAGAUUUUUGCAGUCAGUCAUGUUUGUCGACGUAUGAACUGAAAAGAAAACCUGUUGUUACCAUAAAUACGAAUAGCAUUUCAACCAAAUGCAGCAUGUGUCAGAAGAAUGCUGUUAUUCGGCAUGAAGUUAAUUACCAGAAUGUGGUACAUAAACUUUGCAGUGAUGCCUGCUUCUCUAAGUUUCGCUCUGCUAACAACCUCACCAUGAACUGUUGUGAGAAUUGUGGGGGUUACUGUUAUAGUGGCUCUGGACAAUGCCACAUGCUUCAGAUAGAGGGACAGUCUAAGAAGUUUUGUAGUUCAACGUGUGUCACAGCAUAUAAGCAGAAAUCAGCCAAAAUUACACCAUGUGCGCUUUGCAAAUCAUUGAGAUCCUCAGCAGAAAUGAUUGAAAAUACCAAUAGCUUGGGAAAGACAGAGCUUUUCUGUUCUGUUAAUUGCUUAUCUGCUUACAGAGUUAAAAUGGUUACUUCUGCAGGUGUACAAGUUCAGUGUAACAGUUGUAAAACCUCAGCAAUCCCUCAGUAUCACCUAGCCAUGUCAGAUGGAAGUAUACGCAACUUCUGCAGCUACAGUUGUGUGGUAGCUUUCCAGAAUUUGUUCAACAAACCAGCAGGAAUGAAUUCUUCAGUAGUGCCCUUAUCUCAGGGCCAAGUAAUUGUAAGCAUCCCCACAGGUUCAACAGUGUCAGCAGGAGGAGGUAACUCCUCUGCUGUUUCUCCCACCUCCAUCAGUAGCUCUGCUGCAGCUGGGCUCCAGCGACUUGCUGCCCAAUCCCAGCACGUUGGCUUUGCACGAAGUGUUGUAAAACUCAAGUGUCAGCACUGUAACCGUCUUUUUGCCACAAAACCAGAACUUCUUGACUAUAAGGGUAAAAUGUUUCAGUUCUGUGGCAAGAAUUGUUCUGAUGAAUAUAAGAAAAUAAAUAAUGUAAUGGCAAUGUGUGAAUAUUGUAAAAUUGAGAAAAUUGUAAAGGAGACUGUGCGAUUCUCAGGUGCUGACAAGUCGUUCUGUAGUGAAGGUUGCAAAUUGCUUUAUAAACAUGACUUGGCAAAACGCUGGGGAAAUCAUUGUAAAAUGUGCAGUUAUUGUUUACAGACAUCUCCCAAAUUGGUACAGAAUAAUUUGGGGGGGAAGGUGGAAGAGUUCUGUUGUGAAGAAUGCAUGUCAAAGUAUACAGUUCUGUUCUAUCAGAUGGCCAAAUGUGAUGGUUGUAAGCGACAGGGUAAACUCAGUGAGUCCUUGAAAUGGCGAGGAGAAAUGAAACAUUUCUGUAACCUGCUUUGUAUCUUGAUGUUCUGUAAUCAGCAAAGUAUGUGUGACCCACCUUCACAAAACAAUGCAGCAAGUAUUUCCAUGGUGCCAGCUGCUUCAGCAGGGCCCCCAUCUCUAAGAAAAGAUUCUACUCCAGUUAUAGCUAAUGUAGUAUCAUUAGCAAGUGCUCCUGCUGCUCAGCCCACAGUGAAUUCUAACAGUGUCUUACAAGGUGCAGUUCCAACAGUAACAGCGAAAAUCAUUGGGGAUGCAAGUACACAAACAGAUGCUCUGAAACUUCCGCCUUCCCAGCCUCCAAGACUUUUGAAGAAUAAAGCUUUAUUGUGCAAACCCAUCACGCAGACUAAAGCCACCUCUUGCAAACCACACACUCAAAACAAAGAAUGCCAGACAGAAGACACUCCAAGUCAGCCCCAGAUCAUUGUGGUGCCAGUUCCCGUACCAGUGUUUGUGCCCAUACCUCUUCAUCUUUAUACUCAGUAUACGCCAGUCCCAUUUGGAGUUCCAGUUCCAAUGCCUGUCCCUAUGCUUAUUCCAUCCUCAAUGGAUAACAAAGAUAAAGUCACCGAGAGUAUUGAAGACAUUAAGGAAAAGCUGCCCUCCCAUCCAUUCGAAGCUGAUCUCCUUGAGAUGGCGGAAAUGAUGGCAGAAGACGAAGAGAAGGAGAGGACUCUGUCCCAGGGAGGAUCCCAAACUUCUGAACAGGAACUCUUUCUAGACACCAAGAUAUUUGAGAAAGACCAAGGAAGUACAUACAGUGGAGAUCUUGAAUCAGAGGCUGUAUCUACUCCACAUAGCUGGGAGGAAGAGUUGAAUCAUUAUGCCCUAAAGUCAAAUGCAGUGCAAGAGGCUGAUUCAGAAUUGAAGCAGUUCUCCAAAGGGGAAACUGAACAAGAUCUGGAAGCGGAUUUCCCAUCAGAAUCCUUCGACCCACUGAAUAAAGGACAGGGAAUCCAGGCUCGUUCCCGGACAAGACGACGACACAGAGACGGCUUCCCCCAACCCAGACGAAGAGGACGGAAGAAGUCUGUAGUAGCUGUGGAGCCCAGGAGCCUUAUUCAAGGAGCCUUUCAAGGGUGCUCAGUGUCUGGGAUGACACUCAAAUACAUGUAUGGGGUAAAUGCCUGGAAGAACUGGGUUCAGUGGAAAAAUGCCAAGGAAGAGCAGGGGGAUCUGAAAUGUGGCGGAGUUGAACAUGCCUCAUCUAGCCCAUGUUCUGACCCCUUAGGAAGUGCUCAAGACCAUGCAGUCUCUCAAGAAUCCUCAGAGCCAGGCUGUAGAGUCCGCUCUGUCAAGCUGAAGGAAGAUAUUCUGUCCUGCACUUUUUCUGAGUUGAGUUUGGGUUUAUGCCAGUUUAUCCAAGAGGUGCGGAGACCAAAUGGUGAAAAAUAUGAUCCAGACAGUAUCUUAUACUUGUGCCUUGGAAUUCAGCAGUACCUGUUUGAAAAUGGUAGAAUAGAUAACAUUUUUACUGAGCCCUAUUCCAGAUUUAUGAUUGAACUUACCAAACUCUUGAAAAUAUGGGAACCUACAAUACUUCCUAAUGGUUACAUGUUCUCUCGCAUUGAAGAAGAGCAUUUGUGGGAAUGCAAACAGCUGGGCGCGUACUCACCAAUUGUCCUCUUGAACACCCUUCUUUUCUUCAAUACCAAAUACUUUCAACUAAAGAAUGUUACUGAGCACUUGAAGCUUUCCUUUGCCCACGUGAUGAGACGGACCAGGACUCUGAAGUACAGUACCAAGAUGACGUAUCUGAGGUUCUUUCCACCUUUACAAAAGCAGGAGUCCGAACCAGAUAAACUAACUGUUGGCAAGAGGAAACGAAAUGAAGAUGAUGAGCUUCCGGUGGGUGUGGAGAUGGCAGAGAAUACUGAUAACCCACUAAGAUGCCCCGUCCGACUUUACGAGUUUUACCUGUCAAAAUGUUCUGAAAGUGUGAAGCAGAGGAAUGACGUGUUUUAUCUUCAACCUGAGCGCGCCUGUGUUCCGAAUAGCCCUAUGUGGUACUCCACAUUCGCAAUAGACCCUGGGACCCUGGACACCAUGUUAACACGUAUUCUCAUGGUGAGGGAAGUACAUGAAGAACUUGCCAAAGCCAAAUCAGAAGACUCUGAUGUUGAAUUAUCAGAUUAAAGCUGAAGUGAGGUUCCUAUUUUCAUACGCAUUGGUAUGCACCAAACUGUGAAUGCAUCCAGCUUUGGAAAACGAUGUAUAGUCCAAGUCCUCUUGACUUGAUUAUAAGAUAAUGGGAAACAGACGACUCGUGAACCACAGUGUGGAUGUACAAAUGAAAACUGAAGGAAGAAUAUGGACUGAGAAAUGUUGUUCUUUGGCAGUGAUAUAGUUCUUAGACAUCUUCAGAAUGACUAACCAAUUUCUCUGAGUGGUGCAUAAUCUUAUUUUGUUUGGGAAUAACAAAUUGUGGAAUAUUUUUAAGGAAACUGUUGUAUAAAACUCUGCCAUAGUAACCUUAGACCUUAGAGAGGUAGCUUUGGAGUGAGCCUUGGCUGCAG